AUUCCCUUCCAAAAUAUUUUAUACCAAAAAUCCUUCAUUUCCAUUCCCCCAUUUGAUUAAGACUCUCAAAUUCAAGGUCAAAAAGUAUAUACAAUACAUAUUGUGUACAUGGAGGAAUCAUCCACCUUGGAUGGGCCCCGCUCUUCAAUCAACGGCCCUGAUUCACUUCCCUCACCCUCUGAAAGUCCUCGCAGCCCGCUGCUUCUUCUCCUCAUAAAUCCAUUAUAACCCAUUUCCAGUUUCGCCUCUCUCUCUAGAGAUUUGGGAGCAGCCAUCGUUGAGUGAGGAGGUUGAUUUGAUUGAAGAGGGUCUGAGCAAGAAAUCGCGAAUCGAUCCAAGUUAAAGAGAACUGAAUCUUUGUGGCACAGAAAAAGUUUUGAAGAUGGAUCCUGAAGAUAGUUUGUGUAGCUCUGAAGUUUGGACAAAAUCUUCAUCUUUCUCUAAUAUUAGUACCCAGCAACCUGCACAGAAAUGGGUAGAUACUUCCAUUUUAGACUAUGCUAUGGAUCAACCUUUCCAAGAAUUCGAUGAACCGACCGAGUCGAAGACUUCUCUAACCUGUAACCCAACUCAGCAGAUUGAUAUCCCGGAUAAAGAUAGUGAUCAGAUAAAUGCAGCACUUCUAGCCAGUAAAAUUCAAGAUUGGGACCCGAGAGUGAUGCUAAAUAAUCUUUCUUUCCUUGAGCAGAAGAUUCAUCAGCUUCAGGAACUCGUGCACUUGAUCGUUGGCCGGAGGAGUCAAGCUUUGGCGAGGCCCGAUGAACUAGUGGUUCAGCAACAGCAGCUGAUAACAGCAGAUCUAACUUCAAUUAUUGUUCAGCUAAUCUCAACAGCAGGGAGUCUUCUGCCUUCAGUAAAGCAUAACUUGUCUGCAGCUGUUCCUCCAGUUGGGCAGCUGGAGCAGCUCGACAGGGUUCUUUUCGCGUCCGGAGCCGGGUCUAGUGGUGUUGUUCAGUCACAACAUGAUGAUGGAACUAAAUUCCCUGAGCUCCCAACCCAAAUCGACGAAAGUAGCAAGUGCGGAAAGGAACAGAACAUGACCAUGGAAGAGCAUGAAUUGAAGGAUGAAGAAGAUGUGGAUGAAAGCGAGAACCUCCCGCCCGGUUCGUACGAAAUACUACAGCUAGAGAAAGAAGAGAUCCUUGCACCACACACCCACUUUUGCGCAAUUUGCGGAAAAGGGUUCAAGAGGGAUGCAAAUUUACGAAUGCACAUGAGGGGCCACGGCGACGAGUACAAAACUGCAGCUGCUCUUGCAAAGCCAAACAAAGAACCGAGUACCGAAACUGUGCUGAUCAAGAGGUAUUCCUGCCCCUUCACCGGGUGCAAACGGAACAAGGAUCAUAAGAAGUUCCAGCCUCUGAAAACUAUUCUGUGUGUUAAAAACCAUUACAAGAGAACUCACUGUGACAAAAGCUUCACUUGCAGCAAAUGCAACUCCAAGAAAUUCUCAGUAAUUGCUGAUCUCAAAACACAUGAGAAGCACUGUGGGAAAGAUAAAUGGCUCUGUUCUUGUGGGACAACUUUCUCUAGGAAAGACAAGCUUUUUGGACAUAUUGCUCUCUUCCAAGGCCACACUCCUGCAAUUCCGCUCGACGAGUCAAAGGGAACGGUCGGGCCGUGCGAUCGAGGAGAACGCUACGAAGCGAUGAAUAAGCACGGGAGUAUAAAUUUCAGUUUUGGGUCGGGUGGAAGCUCAGUUGAAAACAUUGCAGAUGCAAAAGGUGUUGAUGAUCCUCUUGGUUAUUUCUCGCCUCUGAACUUUGAUUCGUGUAAUUUCGGUGGCUUUCACGAGUUUCCUCGACCGCCAUUUGAGAACACAGAGAAUGCGUUUUCGUUUCUUAUCCCGGCAUCUAGCAAUUACAACCAAAAAUCUGGUGCAGAGUCGAGCUCUAAUAACCUUGAAUGAAAGAUGUUUAUUCAGUCUCUUGGCUUUCUGUAAAAUUGCAAUAUAAUGUACUUUGUUAACUUCUUCAGCUCCUAAGUGAAUUAUUUUGCUCAA